AUGGCUCCUUUGGGAUAUAACUCAUACCUUGUGCUAUUUGGUGUUCUCGUGCUUUUUGUGGCAAGGUUUGCGAUCAAAAAACAGGCCGAGUGGAAGUUCUCGCGUGAGAACAACUGCCGUAAACCACAGAUAGCUCCUGCCGGUAUUCUUAAUGUUGGUCGGCUAUUCGCGUUGCUCCAGUCAAUGAAGGACUGUCGGUCAUUGGAGCUUAUUCGAACCUGGCAUCAACAGUACGGCAAUACAUUCCAAACCUCCCUGGGUCGGGCCAUAGUUAUGACGAUUGAGCCGAAAAAUGUCCAAGCCAUCCUAGCAACUAAGUUUAAAGACUUUGAUUUGGGACAUUAUCGGAACAAGGCCCUCCGGCCUCUUCUUGGUCAGGGAAUAUUCGCAAGCGAUGGUGAGGUCUGGGAACAUUCACGGGCCCUGGUACGGCCAAACUUUGUCCGUAACCAGAUAUCUGAUAUCGAUAUUUACGAGAAACAUGUCUCAAAGCUUAUCGAGCACAUACCUCAAGAUGGGUCAACGGUAGACUUGCAAGAGUUGUUUUUCGAGAUGACCAUGGACUCUGCUACUGAAUUCCUUUUCGGAGAGUCUGUGGAUUCGUUGAAUCAUGACUCAACGGUAGUAUCAUCCCAUUUCGCACAAGAUUUCAAUAAGUCCCAGGAUGGAUUGGCCAUUCGCUUGAGACUAGGUCCCCUUAUGUUCAUUCACAGAGACAAGCCAUUCUCGAAGGCAACCAUCGAAGCACGCCAUUUUGUUGAUCGAUUCGUCCAGAAGGCAAUUGACUAUCAAGACCCGUACAAUGCCGAAGCAACUACCAAAGACGCCGAUCAGCCAUACGUGUUCCUCUACGAGUUAUCUAAACAGAAGCUCGAUAAAAAGAUGCUCACAGAUCAGCUCCUAAACAUCCUGUUGGCAGGCCGGGAUACUACUGCCAGCCUCCUGAGCAUUACUUUCUUUAUUUUGGCUAGACGCCCUGAUGUGUGGACCAAGCUCAGAGCGGAAGUGCUGACACUCGAGGGCCGCAAACCGUCAUUUGAAGUCCUGAAGUCAAUGACGUACCUCACAUGGAUUCUCAAUGAAACCUUGAGACUGUACCCAGUCGUACCACUUAACACUCGCAUGGCCAAUAAAGAUACGUAUCUCCCUGUCGGUGGUGGCCCGGACGGGAAAGACCCCGUCUUUGUUCCUAAAGGAGGAGAAGUGUUCUACAGCGUGUACAGCAUGCAUCGUCUGGCUGAAGUCUUUGGGCCGGACGCGACCGAGUAUCGCCCUGAAAGAUGGGAAAAGCUAAAGCCAGGAUGGGGUUACAUCCCUUUCAAUGGUGGGCCACGGAUCUGCAUCGGUCAGCAGUUUGCUUUAACAGAGGCGGGAUAUACUAUUGUGCGCAUUGUUCAGCGCUUCAAGAAUGUUGAAAGUCGAGAUCCACAACCUUUUAAGGAGUUGCUCACCUUGACCAUGGCCAGCAAGAAUGGAACCAAGGUAGCGCUCACACCUACAUAA